UCUAAAAGAAAAAACAAAAGUCUUCUCUCCUUGCACACACAGCUCUCUUCCAGCUUGUUACCUGAGGGUUCCAUUUCUAGGGUUUUCGAAUACCCCAAGAUUUUCCCAGAAAUAUUUCUUGGAAAAAUUUGAUUUGGGUAUGAGAGAAUUAACAUUUUCUCAGGUUAAAGUUUCGAUCUUUAUGAAAUAACAUUAGUGUUUUCUUGAAAUUUUUUGGAAAAAAAACAACAAAAGUUGUGACCUUGAAGUGCGUGCUAAGAAGAAGAAGAAUGCCUGGGCAUAAGUCAAAAUCAGAGAUGGGUGAAGCAGAAAAGCCUCUAAGGAGGGACCCUUAUGAGGUUUUAGGUGUUUCCAGGAAUUCUACAGAUCAAGAAAUCAAAAGUGCUUACAGGAAAUUAGCUUUGAAGUAUCAUCCUGACAAGAAUGCAAAUGACCCUAAAGCAGCAGACAUGUUCAAGGAGGUCACCUUUUCAUAUAACAUUUUAUCUGAUCCAGAUAAAAAGCGUCAAUAUGACUCAGCUGGCUUUGAGGCUGUUGAGUCAGAAAGCCAAGAUUUGGAGCUUGAUCUUUCAAGUUUGGGAACUGUAAAUACUAUGUUUGCUGCACUUUUUAGUAAGCUUGGUGUACCAAUUAAAACCACAGUCUCUGCAACUGUUCUAGAGGAAGCCUUAAAUGGGUCAGUACCUAUUCAACCACUUCCACUGGGGCAACCUUUGUGUAAGAAGGUAGAAAAGCAAUCUGCUCACUUCUAUUCUGUUACCAUAACAGAAAAGGAAGCGAAAGGGGGCCUUGUUUGCCGAGUUCAUUCACGAGAAAAAAGUAAAUUCAAGCUACUGUACUUUGACCAAGAAGAAAAUGGUGGUCUGAGCCUUGCAUUACAGGAAGAUAGUUCAAAAACAGGGAAAGUCACAUCUGCCGGCAUGUAUUUUCUUGGUUUCCCAGUUUAUCACAUGGAUCAAACACAGACAUCAGCAGCAGCCACAAAGGAUCCAGACUCGGCAUUUUUCAAGAAACUGGAUGGAUUUCAACCAUGCGAGAUAACUGAGCUAAAAGCUGGCACACAUGUUUUUGCAAUUUAUGGUGACAAUUUUUUUAAAAGUGUGAGCUACACCAUUGAAGUUAUUUGUGCUGAACCUUUUACUGAGGAAAAAGAGAAUCUUCGAGCUGUAGAAGCUCAGAUUUUGUCAAAAAGGAUGGAACUGUCUAAGUUCGAAACAGAAUAUAGGGAGGUCUUAGCACAAUUUACCGAGAUGACAAGUAGAUAUGCACAAGAGAUGCAAGCUAUUGAUGAGCUUCUUAAGCACCGCAAUGAAAUUCAUGCUUCUUAUACAACUCUUUCCGUGAUGAAACGUAGUAGUAGUAGUAAUCGAAGUAAGAACAAAGGUGGAUCUAAGGCGGCCAGUGAAGAUGGCCCAGUAAGAGACAAGAAGCCUUCAAAAGAUCGCACAAAGAAGAAGAAAUGGUUCAACAUUCCCUUAAAGGUUGACAAAAGGAAAGCUUGUUAAUUAGGCUUAUAAACACGGUAGCUGAAUGAGAUGUUGCUGAGGUACACUUUCUUUUAGUCCAAGCAACGAACCUGUUGCAGGACUUCAAGAAUUCUUCGGAGGGACUUCAUUGCAGUAGCUAGGCAUCACUAUUGCGCUGAAAUACUGGUAUUUAUGGAAUGGUGUGAUACAAGAAGCACACGAAAAAUUCUGUUGUAAAAUUCUUCCCUCAACACUCACAUGUAAAUUGCAGUAUUCAAUCAAAAGUUUUUCUUGAA